CGGCAGCUCCUCCCCGGCCGGCCUCCCGCGAAUCUCGAUCGCUCGUCAGCGUCGUCCGAGCCACCGCUUCCCAGCGCUGCCGGCCAUGGACGGCUCCAUCUCCUCCGCCACAUCCUCCUCAUCCCCUCUCCGCUUCGCCCAGAAGCCUCCCAGCCCGAGGCCCCUCCUCAACCCCACCCCUCGAGCCACCCACGCCGGCGCCGGCCGCCAGAGAGCCACCCGCCUCCGCGCCAUCUCGCCGUCGCCGUCCCAAUCCCCUCCGACCCCGCAGCAGCAGCAGCAGCAGCCGAUGGAGGCGUUCGGCUUCGACGCCCUCAAGGAGACCUUCUCGGUGGACCUGGCGGCGGCCGAGGCGCGCCCGCUCAACGUGCCGCUCGCCGCGCCCUUCACCAUCGCCUCCUCGCGCCUCGACGCCGUCUCCAACGUCGCCGUGCGGGUCGAGCUCUCCAGCGGCGCCGUCGGCUGGGGCGAGGCCCCCGUGCUCCCCUCCGUCACCGCCGAGGACCAGCCCGCCGCGCUCGCCGCCGUCGGACGCGCCUGCGCCGCGCUCGUGGCCGCACGGAGCGCGCCCCUCGGCGCCGUGCUCCAGGACGUCGCCGAUGCGCUCCCCGGACACGCCUUCGCAUCGGCCAGAGCAGGAGUGGAGAUGGCAGUGAUUGACGCGGUAGCUAACAGCAUCCGCAUACCCUUGUGGAGAUUAUUUGGGGGAGCAUCAAACACCGUGACAACAGACAUCACAAUUCCAAUUGUGACCCCAAAUGAAGCUGCUCAAUUGGCUGCAAAAUAUCGAGGACAAGGGUUUCAAACUCUGAAGCUCAAAGUAGGGAAAAACUUGAACUCGGACAUAGAAGUUCUGAAGGCUAUACGGCUAGUCCAUCCGGACUGCUCAUUUAUCUUGGAUGCAAAUGAAGGGUACACAGCAAACCAAGCAAUUGAAGUUCUUGACAGACUGAACGAAAUGGGAGUGACUCCUGUACUCUUUGAGCAACCAGUUCAUAGAGAUGACUGGGAAGGUCUCCGUGAUGUUAGCAUUGCUGCUAUGGAGAAAUACAGAGUUGCUGUUGCUGCUGAUGAAAGCUGUCGUGGUUUACAUGAUGCUCAGAAAAUUAUACAUGGAAAUCUUGCUCAUGUUAUUAACAUCAAACUGGCAAAGUUGGGGGUUCUUGGAGCCCUCGAAGUAAUUGAUGCUGCAAGAAAAGCUGGUAUUGCACUUAUGAUCGGUGGUAUGGUCGAGACUAGGAUUGCCAUGGGCUUUGCUGGUCAUCUGGCCGCUGGGCUUGGUUGUUUCAGUUUUAUUGACCUGGACACACCUCUUUUAUUGUCUGAAGAUCCAGUGUACGGUGGCUAUGAAGCUUCUGGACCUGUCUACAAGUUUAAGAAUGCUCGAGGCCAUGGCGGUUUCCUUCAUUUGGACAACAACAAUGGAUGGAAAUGAAGAUGGUUAACGCCCGCCUUAUCCUCCUGGAGGAACUUUAUAAAGCAUAUCAGCUCAUUCAGUAUAGAGUGUAGAAGUUAUCACACCCGACGACAAUCAUGUGGAACUGAAAUGUAACACAAUCAAUUGUAAGCCAUAUAUAGCGGUAAAGCUCCUGUUUAUGUACUGCUGUAAGUCCUGUGAGGCCUAUGAUAUUUGAUCAGGCUGUAGAUAGAUACGUUCAGAAGGCCAGCUCGGCUGGCAUUGUUGCUGUAGUGUAGUACAAGCAGUAACUGUUCCCUCAGUGUUCUCCUUUGUAUUUUUCUGGAAUAAAUGAGACUGCCCUUCUUUGAGCUAGCAAA